CUGAGGGCACACUACCUGGAGGCCGAGUGCCAGAGAGGGCGCCCCCUUGGGAUUGUGGGGAAGUACCGUGUACGCCGUAAGUUUCCCCUGCCAAGAACCAUCUGGGAUGGAGAGGAGACCAGCUACUGCUUCAAGGUACAGUGAAUAAACCUACUAGGUUUCUUUGAGUUAAUAUUACUGUUAUAUUUAAUAUUAUACUGCCUCAGAACAUUUUUGCUUCUGUAAAACAAAAUGUCCCUAGGGCCCUAGGUCUUGGUCCAUAAUUAAGCUGUCUAUAAUGUAUUAGGUGUUGCAUCUGAGUUUAGACUAGACAAAAAAGAUGAGGGGAGGAAGGCCCUUGUGGAGUCAAGAUGGUGUAUGUCAAGACAAAAGGGACUUUCUACCUGGAACUCAAGUCUGAAGUGUCUUACUCUGUCUGCUUCAAAUGCACUGAACACCUGAAAGCAAUAUGAUGGAUGUAAACUCCCUCAUAUCAGUGCAGAUGAAGGACAGGAAAUGAGGAGCAGAGGUCUCUUACUGCUACCAUUAACUUUAAAUCAUGAACCUACUUGUUUCAUAAAUCUGAAGUUAAUGUUGCUCUUCACAGGAGAAAUCCCGGAGUGUGCUGCGGGAGUGUUAUUACCGUAAACCCUACCCUUCACCACGUGAGAAACAAGCGCUUGCGGCCGCCACCGGUCUCUCCACCACCCAGGUGAGCAACUGGUUCAAGAACAGACGGCAACGGGAGCGAGCAGCUCACGGUACUACCGAGUGAGUCUUCACUUUCUCUGAUCUCCCUCUUAUAUGUUUCAUGAGAAGAUUUUCAUCCCUCCUUUAAUUUCUAAUGUUUGUCUGGCAGUCAAUCCUGUUUUUGCUUUAGGACUGCACUAUAUCUCAUUUUGCUAACAGCUUUGCAAUGGACUACCACUGCCCUCUUCUGGCACAACCAGGGAACUGACAUGUGCUCUCUCCUCUCAUGGAACAGGAAGGUUCAGCAUACCCAGAGGCCUACCCCUCUUCUGACAAUGACCUUUCACCUCCAGGCAGCCCCAGUCCCCUCUUCUCCUGCCCCCAACCCCCACAUCUGA